UAAAGGACAGGUGCAAGGAUCCGUUACACACUAGCUGGUCUCAGUGAGCGAGUCUGAAGACACAACUAGAAAAUUUACCAUCUGUUAUCUCAAGGAUAUUCUGGUUGGGCUAACCUGGGCAAUAGUCCAGAGAGAACAUUCAGCCAGGGACAGAUCACGAGAGAGCACCAGGAGGUACUGAACAAUACCAAGGCGUAUCCCUGAACAAGACUGAAAAAUUGUACGAGCAACAGCUAAAAGGCUCUGAACUGGAAAGAAGUAAACAGAGGAACUCAUUCAACAAGAGCAAAUUAUUCCCUAACUACAGAACACUCUUCAGUGGUGAGUGCUCAUCUUCUACAAAAGGGGAAAAAAAGUAAGAGGGAACCAUUUCCAAAGGAGUGUAGCAUCUCAGUUGCGCUUACACUCAAAAUAAUUAUUUUGUCGCUAAAUUGACACUUCUCAAUUGGCAUCAUGUCUAUGGGACUUGAGAUCCUAGGUGUGGCCCUGUCCAUUAUCGGCUGGCUUGGUACUGUUGUCUCCUGUGCUCUUCCUAUGUGGAAGGUGACUGCCUUCAUCGGCAACAACAUUGUGGUGGCCCAGAUUAUCUGGGAAGGACUGUGGAUGAAUUGUGUAGUACAAAGCACUGGGCAAAUGCAGUGUAAAGUCUAUGAUUCUCUGCUUGCACUUCCUCAAGAUCUUCAAGCUGCUCGAGCCUUGAUGGUUAUCUCCAUCGUCAUAGCUGUACUUGGAGUCCUCAUCUCCAUCAUUGGCGCGAAAUGCACCAACUGUAUUCAAGAUGAGUCAGCAAAGGCCAAGAUCAUGAUUGUAUCUGGGGUUAUCUUUAUUCUUUCAGGACUCAUGACACUAAUCCCUGUCUCCUGGUCAGCAAAUACAAUUAUUCGUGAUUUCUAUAACCCUCUAGUUGUGGAUGCUCAAAAGAGGGAGUUGGGGGCAUCAAUGUACAUUGGGUGGGCAGCUUCAGCUCUUCUAAUGCUUGGAGGUGCCAUGCUAUGCUGCACUUGCCCACCAAAACAGGAGAAAUACCCUGCGUCAAGGGUGGCUUAUUCAGCUGCAAGGUCCACGAAUCCUGGAUAUGAUCGGAAAGACUACGUCUAAACUGAAAACUACUCUUCAACAGAUUAUAAAACUUUCAUGUAUCAAGUGAGCAGAGUGGCUUCUGACAUGCAAAGAAGAUGAAGCUAAAGAUCACUGACUACUAAGUCCAACAUGUGCAAAGCUUCUGUAAGAUGUAGUGUUUUACAUAA